AUGAACUUGGAGGGUCUGGAGAUGAUCGCCGUGCUGGCUGUGGUGGUUCUUGUCGUCAAGGUUCUGGAGCAGUUUGGGUUGUUGGAAGCCGGCUACGUCGACAGCGUGGAAGAUGAGCUGGAGCUUUCGGCCGUGCGCCACCGCCCCGAAGGACUGGGACAGCUGGAGGCGCAGACGCGAUUUUCACGCAAGGAGCUGCAAAUCCUGUACCGCGGCUUUAAGAACGAAUGCCCGAGCGGCGUCGUCAACGAGGAAACCUUCAAAGACAUUUAUGCCCAAUUCUUCCCACAAGGAGACGCAUCAACGUACGCUCACUUCCUGUUCAACGCCUUUGACACGGAUCACAACGGCUCUGUGAGCUUUGAGGAUUUCGUCAUGGGUCUUUCCAUCCUACUGCGGGGCACCAUUCAAGAAAAACUCAACUGGGCUUUUAACCUCUACGACAUCAAUAAAGACGGUUACAUCACCAAAGAGGAGAUGCUCGACAUCAUGAAGGCCAUCUACGACAUGAUGGGCAAGUGCACGUACCCCGUGCUUAAAGAGGAAACGCCACGCCAGCAUGUAGACGUAUUCUUUCAGAAGAUGGAUAAAAACAAAGACGGCGUGGUGACCAUAGAAGAGUUCAUCGACUGUUGCCAAAAUGAUGAAAACAUCAUGCGCUCCAUGCACCUCUUUGAAAAUGUCCUUUAA